AUGAAGAAAUUAAACAUUCGUUCAUUUGGUAUAGGAACUUUAUUGAAAUAUCCUCCAUUGAUCUCAUCAGAUUCCAAAUAUGUGUUUACAAUUGGUGAUGGUUGUGUUUAUGUAUGGAUUGUGAAAACAGGCGAAUGUUUAAGACUAAUUAACCAAAAUUCAAUUGAUCAACAAGCAAUUAUUGGUAUGGCUAUUAAUCCAAACAAUCGUUUACAAUUAUGUAUUGGAGAACAAAAUGGUCUUAUCAAUAUUUGGGAUUAUGAAGAUGGAAUUUUGAUUCAUACAAUCAAACUUGAAAUAGAAUUGAUUCAUUUAAGUUCGAUAUCCAAUCAUGGUUUAUACGUUUUCGGGAAAAACACCAAAAAUGUAUAUUCUCUCAAUCGAAUUGANUUUUUUUCCUUUGUAGAGAAAAUGAAUCAACUGAUCAGAUGUCACUUGAGCGUUUAUCGACGAUGUCUGUUGAUUCGGAUGAAGAACAUAAUAGAAAGAAUUCAAUCGAAACUAACCGAUGAUUUUGAUCCAUCAUCAUCAUAUCGAGUUGUGGAAGUUCACGACGAGCAUCAAAUCCAAUCCGACGAGGAUGUUGAAACAUUAGUUAUCAUAUUUGAUCAAAUCACUUAG